AUGCUUCCGUUAUCGCCGACCGAACUUGCUGAUCGAGCAGAGUGGUGUUUGCAGAUAGAUAAACCCCGUGCCUUAGAUGAAGUGAUAUCCCUUCAUUAUGAUGCACUGGGAUACUACAAUACCGGGCACGCUUACAGAGUGCAAUUGCUAGGUAAUCUAUCUGUAAUGCUGCAGACCUGCUUUGAGCGUCGAGGCAACGACGAAGACUUGGAUCAGGCUAUCGCACUUCAGAGGGAAGCGCUGGCUUUACGCCCGGUCGGUCACCCAGAUCGGUGCAUGUCAUUGAAUAACCUCGCGACUCAACUCUCCUCCCUCUUUGGCCACCAAGGCAUCAACGAAGAUUUGGAUCAGGCUAUCUCACUUUUCAGCGAAGCGCUGGCCUUGUGCCCAGUUGGUCACACAGAUCGGUCCACGUCAUUGAAUAACCUUGCCGUUCGACUUUCCACUCGCUUUGAGCACCAAGGCAAUGACGAAGACUUGGAUCAGGCCAUCGCACUUUACAAGGAAGCACUGGCCUUGCACCCGGUCAGUCACACAUAUCGGUCCGUGUCAUUAUAUAACCUUGCGAAUAUGCUCUCCAUCCGCUUUGGCCACCGAAGCAACGACGAAGACUUGGAUCAGGCUAUUGCACUUCACAAGGAAGCGCUGGCCUCACGCCCUGCCGGUCACGCAGAUCGGUCCUUGUCAUUGAAUAACCUCGCGGCUCAACUCUAUACCUCCUUUAACUACCGAGGGAAAGACAAAGACUUGGAUCAGGCUAUCGCACUUCUCAGCGAAGUGCUGGCCUUGCAUACGAUCGGUCACACAUAUCGGUUCGGGUCAUUAAAUAACCUUGCAGUUCAACUCUCCACCCGGUUUUACCACCGAGGCAACGAUGAAGACCUGGAUCAGGCUAUCGCACUUCACAGGGAAGUGCUGACCUUGUGCUCAGUCGGUCACACAGAUCGCCCCAUGUCGUUGAAUAACCUUGCCAAUCAACUCUCCACUCGCUUUCACCACCGAGGCAACGGCGAAGACUUGGAUCAGGCUAUCGCAUUUCACAACGAAGCACUAGCCUUGCGUCCCGUCGGUCACACAAAUCGGUCCUUGUCAUUAAAUAACCUAGCGGUUCAACUCUCCACCCGCUUUGACAACCGAGGCAACAACGAAGACUUGGAUCAGGCCAUCGUACUUCACCAUGAAGCACUGGCCUUGCGCCCGGUGGGUCACACAGAUCGCUCCAUGUCAUUAAAUAACCUUGCGGUUCAACUCUUCACUCGCUUUCACCAUCGAGGCAACGACGAAGACUUGGAUCAGGUUAUUGCACUUCACAGGGAAGCGCUGACCUUGCACCCGGUUGGUCACACAGAUCGGCCCAAGUCAUUAAAUAACCUUGCGAAUGGACUCUCUGUCCGCUUUCAGCACCGGGACAAGGAUGAAGACUUGGAUCAGGCUAUUGCACUUCACAGAGAAGCGCUGACCUUACGCCCUGUCGGUCACGCAGAUCGGUCCAGAUCAUUAAAUAACCUUGCAAGUCAACUUGCCACCCGCUUUGGCCACCGAGGCAGCGACAAAGACUUAGAUCAGGCUAUCGCGUUUCACAGGGAAGCGCUGGUCCUGCACCUGGCCGGUCACACAGGUCGUUGCAUGUCAUUAAAUAACCUUGCAGAUGGACUCUCCACCCGCUUUGACCACAGAGGCAAUGACGAAGACUUGGAUCAAGCUAUCGCACUUCACAGGGAAGCGCUGGCCUUGCACCCGGCCGGUCACGCAGAUCGGUCCACGUCAUUAAUUAACAUCGCGACUCUACUCUCCACCCGCUUUGAGCACCAACACAACAGAGAUGACCUCGACGAGUCACGAGAAAACCUACGUCGUGCAUCGACUCUACUGACGCAGCAUGAUCCUCGUCAAUUAUCAGUCCAUCAGUCGCUAGCUAUGGUUUAUCUGUCGUUCCAUCGAUCUGGACUUGACGGGACUAGCCCGGGCGAAGAUAUUAACAGUCUGGAUGCUGUCAUGGGUCAUCUGAAGGCAGCAGCAAAUGUUGUCUCUGGAGGCUUGCGAUCCCGCCUACGAGUAAGUCUAUUCUGGAUUCGUCACGCUGAUGAACACAGACAUAGCACUCAACUAGAGGCUUAUGUAACUUCCAUGCAACUUCUGGACACCUACAUGUCCACGACAGCUUCAAUAUCGUCUCGUCACAAUAUCAUGAAGGACUUCCCAAUUAUACUUGCCGUUGAUGCUGCAUCGUGUGCUCUUCAUAGUGAUGAUGUGUAUCGCGCUGUCGAGUUAUUGGAACAAGGCAGGACCAUCAUCUGGACUCAGAUGACACGACUCCGCACCCCUCUUGACAUCCUCCAGACCCACGGUGAUUAUGCAGUGGCCCUGAUAAAGAGAUUCAAAGACCUCAGCUCCCUCCUAGAUAAACCUCCUGCGAGUCAUCGAGAAGGGACUCCAAUAGUCAAUGUGGAAGCAGAAGACACGCGGUACAGACGUCUAGUGGAGGAGUGGAAUAGAGCUGUAGAAGAGAUCCGCAAGAUCGAGGGCUUCUCUCGUUUCCUCCUUCCUCCCUUAUUCUCCGAUCUUCAAGAUGCAGCUCGUGAUGGGCCUAUCACCGUGCUCAUCACAAGCAAGUCUUCUUGCCAUGCCAUUAUCAUCCCACACAAGCAACCUCCGAUUAGCAUUCAACUGCCUACCAAUUUUGAGAAACUCCUGACAUUGGUGCUCACAUUCCAAGAGGCACUUGAGAAAGAGGCCGGUCCUAAAGGGAACCAAACAGCACUGAUAAAAGCUUUGAGAGGACUGUGGGACGGCGUCGUUUGCCCAGUGGUCGAGAGUCUAGACAAAUUUGCACGACGGGGUUCGCGAAUAUGGUGGUGCCCAACGUCUCUCUUUAAUUUCUUGCCGUUGCAUGCUGCUGGCGAGUACAGGGCAAAGGGAAAGUCCGUUUCGCAGCAGUAUAUCUCUUCAUAUACACCAUCGCUCACCGCUCUGAUCAAGGCUCGCGCAACUCAUGUCAAGUCCCCGUCGGUUCCCUUCGUUGCCAUAGGUCAGGAUUUCCCAGCCGGUGCCGAAUUCACUUUGGAUGCUGUGGAGCCUGAGUUGGAAUUGGUGCGGAGACUUUUGCCCCCUCUCCCAACCGUUUCCUUCUCCAAGAUAACCAGUGUUGAUGCCACAAAAUCAAGAGCACUGCACGCAUUGCAAGACAACACAUGGCUCCAUCUCGCGUGUCAUGGGACACAGAGAUUUGACGAACCCUUCAACUCGGCCUUUCUUAUGCGCGACCAGCCACUUACAUCAGGAAAAAACCCAAAAUGCCGUAGCCCGGGCGACAGCUAUAUAGCGCUUUUUAGGCACAGUAGCACUAUGUAG